ACACUCCACGGGUUAGGUCCAGUCGAAGGAGACGGGAUGAGCUAGCAGCCAUUGAGGGCGACACAGACACAGAUGAUGAGAUAUUUAGUCGCACACAGACAAGGCGAACUCGUGGUGAAAGAAGAAAAGAGAAAAGCCCAAUAAAGAAAGAAUUUGUGAUGAAUGGGGAUGAUAUUGAAGAGCAUAACAGCCACAUGGAAGUUGGUGAAGGUCUCAGACGGAGCUCAAGGAGGAGUAACUUCAGUAAUCAGUCUUGGUUGGUAGGAAGCAAGAAACUGCGAGGUUAUCCUACAAUGGUUGCCAGCUCAGAGCCUGAGAAUGAAGAGCCCCGACCAUCUCGUAAACUGCGGAAGUAUAUUGAUUCUGAAGGUGAUAAUGAAGAUGAAGGUACUAGGGGUAGGUCAAGGUUCCACAGUGGAAAUAUAGAACCAAGGCGCAGGAGACUGCGGAAGUACACAGAAACCAGUGAGCAAGAAUUUUGUUCUCUUGGACCCAGGACUCGACAGCCAAACCGACGUCUCAGGGUGCCCAAAAGUGAUCCCUCAGAUGAUGAGACUGAUCUAUCCAGAAGCAGGAGGUCUCAUCCACUUAGGAGAUACAGGGAAGAUAAUUCAGAAGAGGAAACUGGUAGAAAAAUGCUUACCAGACAUGCAGCUCAAGUCAAACCAGUUUCUGAAGAAGAGGAGGAAGAGGAGGAAGAGAUGGCUGAUGAUGAAACUAAAGAGGACGAGGGUGUUGAUGGGAAAUGUACUGAAGGCUCUGAUAAAGUCAAAGUGAGAUACAAAGAAGGAAAAGGUGAAGAAGUUGCUAAUGGAGAGGAUGAUGAAGAGGGUAAAAAUCAAGAGGAGGACGACGAUGAUGAUGAAAUGCCACAGAUGAGGCGCACAACAAGAAGUUCACUUGAAGCAGGAGGAGGGAAAAUUGAGGACACAGAAGAGGAGGAGGAGGAAGAAGAAGAGGAAGAGGAGGAACCUCCACCUGUAAGACCAGCACCAAGGAAGAGCAGAAAGUAUGGUGCUCAGGACCCAAUUAUUGCUCGUGCUUUGGCCUCAAAAGUUCCGUUUGAAGAUCUCUAUCCACGAGUGAAGAGGGAGAGACGGCCUGUGAAGCGCUUUAUGUAUGAAGAGGAAGAGGAGGAAGUUAACACAAGGAGAAUUCGCAAACGUGUAACCUCCUCUGACGAGAGUGAUAAUGAUAAAGAUGAGGAAGAAGAAGAGGAUGAGGAUGAGGAAGAGGAGAAUGAGGAGCAGAAUGGAAAUCGAUAUUCACUCAGACAAAACAGAAGAGAAAUCAGACCAUUCCAAUUAUCUUCAGUAGAGAAAUCGUCUAGGUCCAGAAGUUACAGAGAGGACACGCCACCAAGAAGACAUCACAGAAAUCGCAAGAGAUAUGUCAAUUCUCCAGCAAGGAAGCACAUGUUCCACUUAAAGCGGAGGGUAAGGGCUGCACACAAUUCAUCAAGUAGCAGCAGUAGUUCAGAUGAGAGCCACUUCGAAAAGAGUAAAAUGAGAAGUAUGGCUAAAUCUCGCAACCGCUGCCUCCCCAUGAAUGUCAAACCUGAUGACUUAAUUACAGGUGCCUUAAAGGAUAGAGAGAAGAUAGGAACAAGUUUAGCUGACAUUGAUCCAAUGUCAGUAGACAGAGGCGUUAAUUUUGACUCUGUGGGUGGCCUUGCCCACCAUGUAAAGGCCCUCAAGGAGAUGAUCAUCUUUCCUCUUGUGUAUCCCGAAGUUUUUGAGAGGUUUAAGAUCACUCCACCAAGGGGUGUCCUCUUUUAUGGCCCACCAGGAACUGGUAAAACUUUAGUCGCAAGAGCUUUAGCCAAUGAAUGCAGUGCUCCUGACAAAAAGGUUGCUUUCUUCAUGCGUAAGGGAGCAGAUUGUCUUAGCAAAUGGGUUGGAGAGUCAGAAAGGCAACUUAGACUUCUCUUUGAUCAGGCCUAUCAGAUGCGUCCAUCCAUAAUUUUUUUUGAUGAGAUUGACGGUCUUGCUCCUGUACGAUCAUCACGACAAGAUCAAAUCCAUUCCAGUAUUGUAUCAACGCUUUUAGCUCUCAUGGAUGGUCUUGACUCCAGAGGGGAGGUUGUCAUCAUUGGAGCAACUAACAGGAUUGACGCCAUUGAUCCUGCCCUCAGGAGGCCAGGCCGUUUUGACCGGGAGUUUCAUUUUCCUCUGCCAUCAGCUAAGGCACGGCAGGAAAUUCUUAAAAUCCACACAAAGAGUUGGGAACCAUUACCAAGUCAGCGUUUGCUUCACUACCUUGCUGAGCAGACUACUGGUUACUGUGGUGCAGACAUCAAGAGCUUGUGUGCUGAAGCAGCUUUAGUAGCACUAAGGGGGAAGUUUCCUCAGAUCUACUCGGCAAAACAGAAGCUCCUCAUUGAUGUUUCAAAGAUCACUAUAAAAGUCGCUCACUUUAGGUUGGCAAUGACCAAAAUAGUGCCAGCUGGACAAAGGUCUGCCGCUGGAGUGGGACGACGUCUCAGCUCCAAUAUACAGCCACUAGUUCAGUCCUCUCUUAACAGGAGCUUAGCUCUCCUGAAAGAAAGCUUCCCUCAUGCCUUUGUCAAGUCCAAGCUUGCUGCAAAGAAUCGUAGCACCCACCGUCCGAGACUACUUUUGACUGGACUGAGGACACAGGGACAGAGCACACACCUUGCUCCAGCUAUCAUCCAUUCCUUAGAGAAGGUCCCCACUCACAAGCUUGAUCUGGCAGCCCUUUACUCGGUAUCAGCAAGAGCACCAGAAGAAGCGUGUGCACAGGUGUUCCAUGAAGCUCGGCGGAAUCUACCAAGCAUCGUGUAUGUUCCACACAUUGAUCAGUGGUGGGGAACUACAUCUGAAACAUUGCGGGCUACCUUCCUGUCAUUGCUGUUGGAUCUAGAUCCCACAGCCCCUCUCUUGCUGCUUGCCACAGCUGAUGUUCCAUAUGAUGAUCUGGAUGAGGAGGUCCAGAUGUUAUUCAGUGUUUAUAGGGAAGAAGUGAUGACAAUGGUUAAUCCCAGUGAGGAAGAGAGACAGCAAUACUUCAAGCCUUUAUUUUACACAAAUAUGCUUCAGAAGCCAAAGGUCCGAAAUGGCAGGAAAAAGUUGGAAGAGCUGCCUGUGGCACCUGCACCUGCACAUCGGCAACUUACUAGCAAAGAGAUAAGAAAAUUAGAAGAAAUUGAAGAGGCCACACUCAGGGAACUGCGUAUAUUCCUUCGGGAAAUAUGUGCCAAGCUAGCUAGAAAUAAAACGUUUUAUAUAUUCACAAAACCUGUAGAUGAAGAGGAGGUGCCUGACUAUCGUGAGAUUAUCAAAGAACCAAUGGAUCUUGAGACAAUGAUGACCAAGAUCGAUCAGCACCAGUAUGAAUGUGCUCAGGAAUUCUUGAGAGACAUUGAUCUGAUCUGCAACAAUGCUCUGGAAUACAAUCCAGACAAGAAUCCUGAAGAUAAGAUAAUCCGUCAUCGAGCCUGUACUCUUCGAGAUACUGCUUAUGCCUAUAUAAAAGCAGAGAUGGACACAGACUUUGAAGAUCGCUGCAGAGACAUAAGAGAUAAUCGCACAGAACGGAAGAAGAUAUACUCGGAUCCUGUCCAGAAGAGUACACCCAGCUUUAUCAUUGUGGCGCCACCAAAGGUUACAGUUGAAGAGGUGAAGACAGGUAGACAAUCAGAACCUGUAACACCACACACAACACGGCCAGAUUUCACAGAUCAGCAGGCAAAGACAACAGGGGAUAUUCACAGACGACGCAAAAGGAGAUAUAGAAGUGCUUGGUCUCGAGGUGAAAUCAAGCCAAAGAAAAGGAGAAUAAUUGAAAAGGAGACAACAGAAAAGAGAGAUGAGGUAGAAAAUUAUGAGGCAAAAACAGAGGAGGAAGAGGAGGAGGAAGUGGAAAAUAAAGAUAAAGUAGAAGAGAAUGGAGAGAAGAGUGAGGAAGAAGUAAGUGUUCACUCCACAGAUAAUUCAGAUGAUGAAGUGAAGAGAAAAGCAGGAGAUCAGCAAGAUCCCACAAUUCAGGUAAUAUUUUAUUUAUUUUUUAUUUAUUAUUUUUAUUAACCCCCAUUUUAUCCA